AUGGACAUCCAGCCGAGCCGUGAGAAGACGCUUCAGCGGACGGAUUUCCUGUUUUUGCGGAGCGGCCUCGAGUUAGCAGAGCAGGAAGUGCGGGGCGACAUCGCGAAGACCAGAAAGGAGGUUAUCAAGCAACGCGAGAUGGGUGGGAAUGUGUCGGGGAAGAAAGUCAUGAACAUUGGCGCUCGAUUCGGUGGGAACCGCAUCGAGCCGGUCAGUGUCGGAAGAAUUCUGGCGACUCAGAAGGAUCUCCCUGCCGAUGACCUCUCCGCCAUCAUUGAUAUCCAGGACGGCCACGUCCACGUCACCGCUAAGCUUAAUGAUGACGACAGUGAUGACGAAGGUCGACGUCGCGCAGACAAGAAGACGCGGCGCAAGGACGACGUUUACAUCCAGACUCACCAGUCGUGCUUCGGCGUGAUGAGCUCAGAGCGCUUUCAAGAUAACCUUCUCCGCUACCUCUUGGACUUCCCCUCCUUGCAGGUGGAUUCGAUCGACGAAGAUGAGCGCAAGAGAGCUGUGCGGAAAGUGCCCAUGGGAAUGGAGUCGCCCGAGACGGAAGAGGAGGAUGAUAACUUCUAUCAGCAGGAGACCUUGAGCUCUGGCGAGGUGAUCUGGAUUGACGAAGAGAUCCUUCUGGAUUUCGAGGAGAUGGGAUCGCAGGAGCGAACUACUUCCGGUAAUCUGGUUGCGACCCAAGCUCAUUUUGCGUUCGUUGUGUAA